UGGCAACCCCGCACCGGUCUAUCGGAAGUAAUAAUUAGCUGCUACGUAAUAGUCAGCAUAAUUCGCAUUUUACUAUGUCCUCCGCCGCGCAUUGAGUGUCGCUCUGAAUAUUUGUGUCAUGGACAUCGAACAGUUUCAAGCCUUGGAUGCUGACUGUCCCGGUUCCAAAAUGCAGUCAAACGUCUACAGUGGAUUGGGAGACCUGGAAGCCCAGGCAGUCAAUAAAGAGAGAGAGUGGAAGGAACUCCAAGCUAGAAGGAUUCAUCUAUUAGAAGAUUCUCUUGAAAAGGCUAACAAGGAGUGUUUGUGUCUCAGACACCAGAAUCAGAGGCUGAAGAAGGACUUUCAGUACAACCUGGAGAUCCUGGAUGAACGAGACAGAGAGCUGGAGAGAUACGAUAUGAUCACUUCCAAGGCUGUAACUGCGGAGCAAAACAGGCAGGAGGAGCUGAGUCAGCUCCGUAUUCAGGUUGCCAUGCUGGAGGAGAGGCAAGCCAAAGACGCCGAGGCGAGACAGAAGGAGCAGCUUGUUAGCCAGAACAAAGCUGCUCAACACAAGCUGCAGCUGGAGGAGCUCAGACACUCGAUGACAGGCAAAAUUCAAAAACAAAUGGAGGAACACGAGAGGGUGAAAUUGGAGUUGCAGCACAGAAUACAAGAGCAAGAAGGAGAAAUAAUGCGGCUUAGACAGGUGAUGACAACAGCCAUGGACAAAAAGUUAAAAGAGCAUGAACAUGAAUUCAACUUGAAGCGAGAUGAGAUGCAGGCAAUGUUGCUUUCUAGGGACCUCAAGAUAAAGCUUCUGUCUAAAGAUACUGAAAUACAGAGCCAAGCUAAACUGGAAGCGAACGAAGUGCUCAAAGCAUCUGAUGAGUUCUUAAAGCAGUUACAGGCCCAGUUGCAACAAAAGGACCAGGUGAUGGAUGAUAUUACCAACGUCAAAGAUGUCAGAAUAAAGCAGCUUGAGGACAAGUUGAAACAGGUGGAGAAAAAGAUAAAAAAGAAGGAAGAUGAUCGCAUGAAAAAAAAUAAGGACAUGAUCCAGACUUUGAAGGAGAAGGAGAAGCAGUUGAAUGCUCACUGUCAAGCCAACAAAAAGCACCUACAGAAAGCUGAGGAACGCAUUGUCAAACUACAGGAUGACAUCGCGUUUACAUCUGCUCAGACUCACUCGGCACAGAGAGACAUGCAGAUGGCCUUAGGUGACAAAGAUGAUACAAUAAAAAGGCUUCGUGUGGAAAUUAAUACAAGUCAGACUGCCUGGGAGAGUUACAUGCAUCAGACUUCCAGCGAGAUGGUCGCCAAGGAUGCAGAGUUGAUAGGCCUGCGGGAAAGCAAUCACAAACUCAAGGCAGAACUGGAAAGGAGCAGGGAGGAGAUAAAAAGAUACAAACAGGAUGUGAGUGCCGGUUUAAAGAGAGAGGCGGACUUGCAGCAGUCGCGAGUGCAGGUAGAGCUUGAGUGCCAGAGGCGCUGUGAAGAUGCCAAGGUUAAACACUACCUUGCUAAUGAGCAGCUUAUUCAAGACUUGACCCAGGCCAGAGACCAGGCAAAGGCGGAGCUCCGUGAGAAGGAAAAAGAACUACGAGGCCUGACUGUCUCGAUUCCUUCUGUCAAAAAGGGGCAAGACAAUGGAGUACAGCAGGCCAAUAAAAAAGGCCUCAUGCCAAGGACGGACGUUCAAACAUCUGAGGAGAUACGUUCCCUAAUGGAGCAAAACAACAUGUUGCGAGCUGUGGUUAGCCAGAUGAGAAAAAAUAUGGAGGAUCUCAGUGAUCUCCAACAACAUCCUCAGCCCACGCUUCAGAACUACUCCACUGAUGCUAUGAAACCCCACGAAGCCCCCGCCGCUACCUCCAUCCCCUCCGCAACUGAACCUCUUGCCAAGCAUUCUGACAUCUCUGCCAACACCACCCCAGCAGAUGUAUCAGACCACACUGAGGCUCUGAAGCAGGAGGCCCUGUUGAGGGCUCAUUGCAGACAACUUGAGAGGAAGCUGCAAGGUGUUUCAGGGCUCUUGAACCAAGUUCCUGCUGAGUCCUUGGUCCACACAUCUUUAGGCAAACCGCAUCCACAUGACAAUGGAUCUAAGACAGGUCACUGUUUGGAGAAGCACGCAGACAACACGUUUUUGAGGAAACAGGUGGUGAGGGGGCUACAUGCAAACGCCAGCGAUCAGACUGCUCUGGUACAACAUCUCCAACAUGAGAAUCCCUACCAGCAACAACUCACCUCAUCUCUGACGGUUGGCACUGCAUCUCCAAGGAACAACGCCGAGGUGCGUGCCAGGCUGAAACAGGCAGUUUGUCACAUUCUCCAACUGAGCCAGGAGAAGCAACAGCUUAUACAGAUGGGCAACUGCCUGCGUGCCCGCAUCACAUUAAACAAUGAUUCAACUAAGGAAAACAGAGAUUGUGUUAUGGUGGAACAAGGACGUCAACAUGACCGACUUUCUGCUCUGGAGGAACUACAGUACAAGCUCACCACACAGGAGCUUCAGUAUGCAGUAAGACAGAUGGCUUGCAGGGCUUUUGACGGCACAGGGCCUCCCAUAAAAGGAGAUGACGAUGAUAGAUCCAGAGGGCACAACACCCCUGAUGAGUCUGAGACAUCUAAAAUGUCAGAUGUAAGUUCUUCGGUCAACCAACUACAGAACUCGUUGGAGGUGAAGAUGCAGUCCAGUUCAGACGACACUCUACCAUCAUUGAAAGCAAUCUGGGAAAUACUGGACCAUGGACUCAGUUCAUCCAUACACUCAGAGGGUGAAGGUGAGCUGAACAGGAUCAGGGCAACUAAGCCCGGCAGUGUUGGAGUGAUGGUUUCUGGUACCAGUGCUCCCAUCCACAGACAUCGCCCAACCGAGUUCCAGCAGAACAGGAAACCUUACAAAGCAGCGUUUAACCCUGCAAAGAACGCUACCCAUGAAGCCCCUGAUAAAAUCAGCAGGAUCAGGAACUAUAAUGUUAAAGACUGACAUACGUUUCAAAUCUUUAUGAUAAUUUUGUGACCUGUCCCGUUGAUGGUUUGAGGUGAAUUCCGUUCAGCUUGUGCUGUGCACCAGCACAACUGGCGAUAAUAUAACCUACAGAACACGGUGCUGCCACCACCACGAUUAGUGUUCUUAUAGGUUUGAAAUGGUGAUGGCCAAAUAGAUCAAUCUUUUCCUCUUCUGACCAUGAAAAUUCUAUCCACAAAGCAUCUGGCUUGUACAUGCGGGAAGCUGCACAUUUCAGUCGAGCUUGAAGGUGUCGAUUGCAAAGCAGUUACUAAGUUCUUGAUCCAUCACUCUCUCAGUCCGUGGUAAAACUAGUACAACUGUUUACUGUGAACUUUCUUAUUGGUGUUCCAGCAGUUUCCAUUUCAUGGCAGGCUUUAGUUUUGACAAAUCCUUUGUUCUCAGGAUAUCAAAUUUCCUUUUACCUGAGGGUGACACUUUAUGGGUCUCUUCCAGACCUUCCAUCCAUCCAUUUUCUACCGCUUAUUCCCUUUGGGGUCGCGGGGGGCGCUGGAGCCUAUCUCAGCUACAAUCGGGCGGAAGGCGGGGUACACCCU